AUGGCUUCUAAAGAUGAUGACUGGUCAGAGAUUUCAGAUCCAAAAACUCGGAAACGCCUGCAGAACCGGCUGGCCCAGAGAAAUUACCGAAAAAAUCUUAGAACACGAAUAGAAGAGCUGGAACGCCAGCUAGCUGAACGAUCCGCUGCUGAUGCUCAACGCAGAAUGUCGAACCAACUAAUGGCCUCUCCAGCAUCGAUGAUGUCUAACGAGCAGAUGGACUAUAUGAUUUUAGCCCAGGCAUCGUGCCACGGCUUACAGUCGUUAGUCCCGUCGCAUUCAAGCAACUCAGGACAGCAGAACCCGUUAGCAAUCUCGAAUGGCAAAUUGGACAGAAAUCUGACAUCAAGCCAUGCAGACGAGAGCGGUAGAAGUCCAGAGCUAUUGGCGGAAACUACGCUACACCAGAGUAAUGGAUCGGAUAGUCACAGUUCGGAUAUCAUGUAUGAUUUGGAAUGGGACACUAAAUAUGUCUUUUCAGAUGCCAGCGUCUCAUCCAAUGUAGAGUCUACUAGAAAUGCCUCGCGUAUACCAGAGCUUCUCGAGUCAGACGUUGAGUCUCCGAGAGAUCCCAAGGAGUACAGCAUAAAGCAUGUCGAGUCUGGAAUGAAGCAGCCUAACGAGAAUGCAUCACUCACUGAACGGCUAGAAUAUCUUGUCGGGGUCGUGCAUCGAUUGGCGUUUGACGACCUAGAGAGCGUGAUGUCCAAGUACUAUACCUCAGACUUUCGUCCUUUUCCCAGACUCGCUAGCCUGCAGCGCCUAAGUCGGAACCGCAAGUUGCCUACAGUCUUAUCAGACUUGAGAGCGAGCGCGAUGUCUUGGUCUGAGUGGGAGGCACAGGGGUACAAGAGCGAGAUUGUACGGUCUGCCGAGAGCAUAUUAGCAGCUGAGAGGAAAAAGCUGGUGUCGCCCCUCAUGCUCCAGCAAUUCAUGGAAAGUUACGAGAAACAUGACCUACCGGAGAAAAGCAAAGGAGAAAGUCCAAAUUCAGCUUUGCUUAUUGCUACUCUCCAGCAAGAGGCACCAUACUUAUGGACACUCAUUUCCUCGCUGACGACGGAAAAUGGAUACGCAGAAACGCAGGAAGAUGUGCAGCAAGCACUCGCCCUGAUGUUGAUUUUGUGCUGUUCAGGAAACACAUCGCGGGGGAAGCUUUUUUCCAUGCUAAAGCAGUGCCUUGAUGAGGACUAA